CAUAGUGGCGUUUACGUUUGCCCGUUGGAGUUGGGUUUGAUGUGGUGAUUUUUCUUUCCACCAUUGGUGGACUAGCCCGCGCAUCUCUACAAUCCUUACUCUGUGUCGAUGGCGAUCCAGCAACAGGAGGUUAAGCUCUUUAAUCGCUGGUCGUUCGACGAUGUCGAGAGGGAGCACGCCGCGCUCAUGCAAGCCCAGAGGAAGUUUCAGAUCGCCCACUACGGGAGGACUCCGGCCAAGAUCGAGGAGUUGGCGGGUUCUAUUGAGUGUCCCGGCAUUGCCAUGAGUGCCUCCCAAGAAGAGAAGAAGUGCAGCUUCAUAACACUGAGUUCAGAUCCUGUGUAUGUUGCUUAUCAUGAUGAGGAAUGGGGAGUUCCAGUUCAUGAUGACAGGGUGUUGUUUGAGUUGCUUGUUCUAACAGGAGCUCAAGUGGGGAUGGACUGGACUACUAUACUGAAGAAGAGGAAUGAAUUCAGGGUGGCAUUUGCUGAAUUUGAUGCAGAGUCUGUCUCCAAGUUCAUAGAGAAGCAGAUGGUUUCCAUCAGUGUGGAACUGAAGCUAGAUUUAGGAAGAGUUAGAGGAAUAUCACUAUCUACUUCUUAUGUCUCCUCCACGUCAGCACAUAGAUUGCUCGCCCAGAGAGAUUUGAUAAGGAUGUCAUCCACAUAA